AUGGCGUCAUAUAUGUACUCCGUAUAUAUAUGGUUGUCCUCUUGGUUUGCCGGGCUGUGGCUUGUUACUGGACGCAUCCUCCGUAUAUAUGGCAGCGAAGGCCAUAACCAUCCAACGAGCCUCCUAACUGCCGCGGCCGCCACACUCGGCCUUGAGACGAACGCUUCUCUCGGCUUCGGGCUCAAGCCGGACGCCAUGACCGGGUCAAAGGGGCCUCCGCGUUGCAUGUAUUUGCACAACGAUUAUACAUCUUCAACUGCAAAAACUGUUGGUUUCAUGACUUGCCGUGGGGAAAGCAGACAAUGA